AUGGUAUAUUGGACUAAUUAUUAUCGUCUACAGAAGUAUGAUUCGAAUAAUUGGGUUAUGGGUACGACAAUCUUUGGCGAAAGUCAAUGUGGCAUGGGAUUGAAUGAAUUUUGUGGAUGUGCAGACAUUUUUGUUGAUCGUCAAGGUGCAAUGUACUGCUGGGAUUCUAACGCUCAACGUGUGAUCAAAAUUAUAUCAAACAAUGCUUAUGCUACUGUUGUUGCAGGUGUAACAAACACAUCAGGAUCACAAUUGAACCAAUUGAGUGAUCCUCGAGGAAUAUUUGUCGAUGCGAACUAUACUUUAUAUGUUGCAGAUGUGGGUAAUAGGUAUGGUAUUUUAAUGGAUAUUGUUUAG